AUGUUGGAAAGAUCCUCGAAUUCCAGGAAGAUGGUCAAUUUAGAUGGAAGUUGGAACUUGGAGCUGUUUCGUGUCUGGGUGACUGAAGAUGUGAUCAAUAGGAUUACUAGUAUUCCCCCUCCACACCCAGAUUCCGAUUCGGAUAAAGUGAUAUGGGCCCGCUCAAUGUCAGGAGUCUUCUCAGUUCGCAAUACUUAUUGGUCUUUGAAAGAGGAUUUUUGGAACUCUCAAGAUGAGCAUAGGAAGAUUAACUGGAAAUAUCCGGGUCCUCAGAGAGAUAGUAUUCUUACUUGGUCAUGUCUGUUUGGAUUAAUCUCUUGGCGCAUCUGGAAGAAUAGAAAUUUAUUUAUCUUCCAACGCAUUUCAUGGACAACAUUUGAAGUGGUGAAGGUCUCUAGUUGUUGGGCUCGCCAAUACGAAUCACAUCUUGGUGAUCACAAUAGUAAUAAUCAAAGUUCAAAUUCCACGAAUAAUUUAGAUGACACUUGGGAGUACUUAUCCACUGGUGGGGUUGUGGCCAGAGAAUCUGGAUAUGCUGCAACAGGAGGUGUGGCUCAUGAUCAUGAUGGUAAUUGGAUAGUGAGAUUCACUCGAUUCUUAGGUGUAUGCUCUCCGUUUGAGGCUGAAGUUUGGGGCAUUCUGAAUGGGAUCCUUAUUGUGCUAAAUAAGGGUUAUAGAUGGAUCAUUAUCAUGACUGAUAACCUUCCAGAAUUUGACUGA